CUUUGUAAUCUGCUACUUGUUUGAGGUAGGCUGCUGUGUGAUCCGUGCCUUAAGAACGUGGGGGGGGGGGGGGGGUAUUUAACUUAUCUUGCGAUAUUAAUCAGUUGGUCUGCUUUCCCCCCGUAUAGCAAUGUCCAGAGCUUACAACAGAGAGUCUAUAAAAAAAAAUAUGAACGCUCAACCUUAUGGAGCGCCAAGUUAACAUAAACUCAAAUAAUUGAAGAUAUCUUCAAUUAUUUGAAGAUAUCAUCAAUUCAAUUAUUGCUCUCUUUAAUUGAAUUAAUGCGCGCAUUAAAUCAAUUAUUGCUCUCAUCAAAUGAAUUAAAGCGCGCUUCAAUUCAAUUAUUACUCUCAUCAAUUGAAUUAAUGCGCGCAUCAAUUGAAUUAAUGAGAGAAAUAAUUGAUUUAAUGCGCGCAUUAAUUCAAUUAUUGCUCUCUUCAAUUCAUUUGAUGAGAGCAUUAAUUUAGUAGAAAUAUUGCUCGCAAUAAUUAAUCUAGAGCUCGGUAUAAAUAAUUUGAUGAUCUCUUUAAUUCAAUUGAAGAUAUCUUUAAUUCAUUUACAGUGCUUUUGUAUAAGGAAUUAAUGCGCGCAUCAAUUCUUUUAAAGAGAGCAAAAAUUCAAUUAAAGAUAUCAUUAAUUCAAUUGUGGAUAUGUUGAAUUGAAGAUAUCUUUAAUUAUAUAGUUGCUCUCUCUAAAAGAAUUAUUGCCCUCUUCAAAUGAAUUAAAGAUAUCAUUAAUUCAAUUGAAGAGAGCAAUAAUUUAAUUACUGAGCGCAUCAAUUCAAUUAUUGCUCUCAUCAAUUGAUUUAAUGUGCGCAUUAUAUCAAUUAUUGCUCUCUUCAAUUGAAUUGUAGCGCACAUUAAUUCAAUUGUUGAUAUCAUUAAUUCAUUUGAAGAGAUCAUUAAUUCAAUUAAAGCGCGCAUCAAUUCAGCUGAAGAAUUAAUGAUAUCAUCAAUUCAAUUAAUGCGCGCAAUAAUUCAGAAUUGAAGAUAUCAUUAAUUAUUUGAAGAUAUCUUUAAUUAUAUUGUUGCGCACAUCAAAUGAAUUGAUGAUAUCUUUAAAUAAUUGAAGAUAUCUUCAAUUAUUUGAGUUUAUGUUAACUUGGCGCUCCAUUAUGGAGCGCCAAAUUAACAUAAACUCAAAUAAUUGAAGAUAUCUUCAAUUAUUUGAAGAUAUCAUCAAUUCAAUUAUUGCUCUCUUUAAUUGAAUCAAUGUGCGCAUUAAAUCAAUUAUUGCUCUCAUCAAAUGAAUUAAUGCGCGCUUCAAUUCAAUUACUGCUCUCAUCAAUUGAAUUAAUGCGCGCAUCAAUUGAAUUAAUGAGAGCAAUAAUUGAUUUAAUGCGCGCAUUAAUUAAAUUAUUGCUCUCUUCAAUUCAAUUGAUGCGCGCAUUAAUUCAAUUAAUGAGAGCAAUAAUAGAUUUGAUGCGCGCAUUAAUUCAAUUAUUGCUCUCUUCAAUUCAUUUGAUGAGAGCAUCAAUUUAGUAGAAAUAUUGCUCGCAAUAAUUAAUUUAGAGCUCGGUAUAAAUAAUUUGAUGAUCUCUUUAAUUCAAUUGAAGAUAUCUUUAAAUCAUUUACAAUGCUUUUGUAUAAGGAGUUAAUGCACGCAUCAAUUCUUUUAAAGAGAGCAACAAUUCAAUUAAAGAGAUCAUUAAUUCAAUUGUGGAUAUGUUGAAUUGAAGAUAUCUUUAAUUAUAUAGUUGCUCUCUAAAAGAAUUAUUGCUCUCUUCAAAUGAAUUAAAGAUAUCAUUAAUUCAAUUGAAGAGAGCAAUAAUUGAAUUACUGCGCGCAUUAAAUCAAUUAUUGCUCUCAUCAAAUGAAUUAAUGCGCGCAUCAAUUCAAUUAUUGCUCUCAUCAAUUGAUUUAAUGCGCGCAUUAUAUCAAUUAUUGCUCUCUUCAAUUGAAUUGUAGCGCGCAUCAAUUCAAUUGUUGAUAUCAUUAAUUCAUUGGAAGAGAUCAUUAAUUCAAUUAAAGAGAGCAUCAAUUCAACUGAAGAAUUAAUGCUAUCAUCAAUUCAAUUAAUGCGCGCAAUAAUUCAGAAUUGAAGAUAUCAUUAAUUAUUUGAAGAUAUCUUUAAUUCAAUUGUUGCGCGCAUCAAAUGAAUUAAUGAUAUCUUCAAAUAAUUGAAGAUAUCUUCAAUUAUUUGAGUUUAUGUUAAUUUGGCGCUCCAUACUCCAUACAACCUUAAAUAGUUCCGGAGAAAUUUAAUAUAGGUUAUCUUUAUACUUCAUAUGUCUAAAGCCAGUGCAAAAUAGCCCUAUCCACAAAGUCAUGAAAAACACUUGAGAAGACUGUGUCUGUAGAUUAUAAUCUGCCGUACAUAGAGGGUGUUACAGGACAGUUGGGUAAUAUAUCCACUUCUACCCAAAGCAGCAUACACAUUACAUACAUAGUACCUUUAACAUAAAGUUUACGCACGCAAUGCUUGUGUUAUCUAAAAAGGUUGUUAACUUGUGGUAAGAUAGACGUGCAUGGAAACCAACCAGGUCCAUUAAUCCUCGCCUACUUUAAGCUCAUAUAUGUAACAUAUAGGUUCUGUAAGUGUAAAAUGCAAAAGGCAGCAAGAUACGGUUCUAUUGGAUGUGAAUUAUCCACUUCUAUCCAAUGCAUGAUAUACAAUAUCUCAUACAAAUUAACGCGAGGUUUCAAUAUCAACUCGAAGCAUAAAUAAGACAUUUAACAUACAAUUCUAUAGAUAUAUGCAAAUCAUUUACUGCAAAUUGCUCUUUACGUAUAGUAAAGGGAAAGAUUACAAGAGAUAAUUUUCUUUAUGACGGUAGUAACUCCAUUUAUUGAACAAUGCGAGAGUUCCAGCAAUAUUGAUAAGGCUAUCUUAUGCAUGCGUCUCUCUGACAAUGAAUUCUCUAGCUAUUUUACUAUUUUCUUUGGGGUGUGUAUCCUGCUCUACCCAUGAUUCCAGUGACCUUGCAGAGAAACUGAAACUGCUACUGGAAAGAACCGAAGCCCUGGAAACAAACCACAGGCACCUUCAAACUGAAGUCAAGGACUUACGAACCAAAGUUACUCUCCUUAUGAGUGAAAAUGGGGAACUUCGAAGGAAACUUGAAAAUCAAGAACAAACAGGGAAGAAAUUUAGUACAGAAACUGAAAGCCAAACAAAACAUUUACAGUUGUCAAAUUAUACACACAAGGAAAACCGACAACGAAUAAGGAGAGCUUCGUCGAAUUUGGGAUUCUCUGCUUCGAUGCAUGGAAAUAUUGGAGUUUCCAGUAGCCAAAUCUUGGUGUUUGGAAGAGAUACAACCAACAUAGACAAUCGCUACAGUUUAAGAAGCGGACAUUUCCUUGCACCCUACGAUGGACUAUACUUCUUCACGGUGACCAUUGUUGCAAUGCCAGACAAGUUCAUUGAGACGCAGAUCGUGCAUAAUGGAAACCCAAUAUGCAACAUUUACUCCGGGGCGGGUGGUGGCCAUUACGGUGCUGGGACAAACUCGGUGGUGGUCAGUCUUACCAGUGGUGAUGACGUUUACGUGAGGGUCGGAGGUGGUCACAGCUCUGGAACUGUUAUUGACGGGCCAUAUUCUCGAUUCACUGGUUUCUUUCUCAGUCCAAAUGUAUAAGUUUGAAUGAAUCAAAGUACUGAAAGUACUGAAAAGCGCUAAGCUGAAUUCAUAAAUUCUGUCUGAAAUGUUAAUGAGGAUAAUAAAUAACAAGAAAAAUUCAAA